AUGCAGUCAUCCGCCGUCCCUGGAGCCCAACGGCCUUCGCAGUCUCAGCGGCGGCAGCAAGAUAUGCCCGACGCAACGUAUUCCCAGGCCCAGGCCCCGGCCAUGAAUCCUGCAACGAGCUCUGCCUCUCAAGCGAGGUCGUCUUCAGGCUCGGGCCGCUCGCAAAGAAGCGCCAAUCCCGACAAGCAGAUAUCGCAAAUAGAGAAGAGCGUAACUCAUCUACUAGUCGCCACGAAACAAUUGCUCGAGACUCUGACGCAGUGGUCGCGUGGACAGGCGCAGGAAGAGGAGGUCUCUGAUGUCUACGUUCGGCUGGGAUACGAGUUCAAUCUGGCAUGCCGUGCCUUCAAUUCAAUAGGUGUCGAAACCUCCGACCUUGGUCCUGUCCCUGAUCUCUUGCGAAACAUCCUCGAGGAUACUCUGAGCCAGCCCGCAUCUCCUCAAGCUCUUGACAACUACCUGCCUCGCAUCCGCGACAUCAUUAUUAACCUCCUACAUGGCCUCAAGAGGAAGCAAAGCCGACUACGUGGUCGAAAUCCCAAGGAAGCCUCUGGGACAACGCAAUCGAGACAGCCUACUACUCCAGCAAGACAGCCUAGCAUAUCGACAACAGGAAGCAAUGAGACUGGUUUGACGAACAUGCUUGAUGAGGUACCGAGUGCCUCUGCAAGUAUGCGCGCUCAAUCGCCUCCUCAAAGCAGCGCAACAACUGACCAGUCAUGGACUGCCGCAAACACGUCGGCCGUGCAACAGCCAGGCCGAUCCUCUAUAAAUAGACACUCGAUGCGAAGGGACGUGGCCCCCCAAAUACCUCAGUCUGAUUCCGGCUCGACAAUUUCUUCGGGGACACCACAAAAUCCUCCUAGCCUACCGCUUUAUCAGGACAUUGACCGGUCUCCUUCCGUUCCUCAGAUCAAUUUUCCACAUCCUCCCCCGCCGCCGCCGAAGCAAGCAGAUGCCCUCACUCGAUUACAACGUGGCGGAGAUCUGGAGAGGCGAGCCUCAAGGAGAUUUUCGGCCUACCAAAUUCAAAAGCAUCUAGGUGCUUCUCCUAAUGGUGUGCCGGUUAUUCCUGCAGCUCAAAAUUCCCCCAUACCAAACAGGGGAAAGGAAGUGCGCGAAUCUUUGACCGCGGUUCGGUCAAGAAGUUCCUACCAACAAUCAAGAUCAAAGUCUCUUCGUCAGGGAGAUGCGUCGCCCAGCAGGAGCGGCACCAUCAAGGCGCCCCAACGCAUUUCGGAGGAGAGAGAGGAGACCCCGGUCCUGACUCUGCAGGAAGUGCCACCAAUGAAACAGCCUGAGGAGGCCGGGAAUUUUGAUAGCCCAACGGUGAAGACCCCGGAUGAGUACUUGCCAGCCCCGAAAUCCGACUCUGGUAGCGGAGAUAACUUGCUGAUGGGAGCAACUGUCAACGGUCCCCUCAGUCCACCGCCAGAAGAGUUGCAAGAAACAAUCUCACUUGACUCACAAUUGGCGCCACAGCUACCCGAACCCAAGGCCUAUGUGGAUGUAGAACCAGUCAAGACACCAGAGACGGUUCAACGAAGAUCAUCUGAGAACCUCACACCACCACGAUCGCGAGCUCCCGUGUCAGAAUCAUCACCUCCACAAGGCAAGGAGUUGACUCUUUUCUUGCAGUAUAGAAGCAAAAUUAAGAAGUUUGUGCUCGCAGACGGCUACGAUGAACUCACUCUUGCUAGAUUGCAGCUUGCUUUCAUUGAAAAAUUCGCGUGGAACACUCAGCAUAACGGAGUCGACCUCCCUGAGAUUUAUGUGCAAGAUCCUGUCUCGGGCGUCAGGCACGAAUUAGAAGACCUUUCGGAUGUCAAGGACCGAUGUGUACUUGUGCUGAAUGUCGAAGCUCUGGAUGAAGUCAAAAAGCAUAUCGAUGAAGGCAUGGGCGGGCUUCAGAGAACUCUGGACGGAGUCCGGUCACUGCUCGAAGGACAAGGUACAAUGAUGCAGCGAUUUGCGGAUCGACAGCUCGAAACCUCCAAGGAGAUGGCAAGAAUGUCUGCUGUCCCUGCGCAGCACCCUGCACGAACUCCGACAUUGGCUACCGGAAAAUUCGCCGCUCCCCCGUCCUCCGAGUCCACUCUGCAAGAAAUCCAGGACCUUCGUCGGGAGAUUGCAGUUUUACGCCAGACGUAUUCCACAAUGUCUUCGGACUUCACUGCAGCCAUGGGCGACAUUAAAGCCAAGGCAGCCAACGUCAAGGCCGUUGCUGCAGAGGCUGCCAAUGCUACAUACAAAGGAGACGCCGGUCGAGCCCAUAUCAAUGAAGGCAAGAAGCAAUUAUCUGACGACUCCGAGGCGCUUGUCAACCGUGUCGACGAUCUUUCAGAUAUUGUCGAAGAGCUGCGCAAGGACGUUGUGACCAGAGGAGUCAGGCCUCUUCCUCGACAACUGGAGGAUAUCAGUAAGGAGAUCAGUACAACUGCCAAACAACUCGGCAAGGUCAAAGACUUUGUCAAGCGCGAGAAGCCUAUCUGGACCAAGAUAUGGGAGCAAGAGCUUCAAGUCGUCAUGACGGAGAGAGACGAUUUGACACAGCAAGAUGAGUUGAUGAAUGAUCUCGACGGUGAUCUUGAAGAUAUCACGAAUGUCUUUAAGCUCGUGGAGGAAGCCACGAAGCAGCAGAAUCUGCAGAGCGCAAACAGUGGUCGCCAAGCUUCGAAAAGCCUUGCCUUUGAUACGGACGUCGACCCUCACGAAGCCAAAAGUGGUAUGCUGGAUGAAGUCCGGGCUUUGCAGCCGAAUCACGAAAGCCGCCUGGAAGCAAUAGAGAGAGCGGAGAAGGUUCGGCAGCGCGAAUUGGAAAGUCGAAAGGUCGGCGAAUUCCAACGUGAGGUCGAAAAGUUUGUUGAAGAAGGAAAGUUGAAGAAGACGGGCGGCAUGGAUGAGGUGGAACGAAGGAGAAAGUUGAAAGAUGAGCAAGCGAGGAAGGAGAACUGGGAGCGCCAACAAGCCAGAGCGGCUGAGCUGGAAAGGAAAAGGGCGGCCGAGGCGGCGGCGGCGGCAGCAGCAGCAGCAGCAGGAGAACCUUCAGCUGAGCCGAACGGCACUAUACAGCAAAACUCGGAGCAGGAUCACUCGCAAGAAGUGGAAGCAGCUUUUCAUGACGCGAAAGAGGAGGAUGUCCAAUCGCCCAAUGAAGCGACCUCGUCAGAGCCGGCCCUUGCGCCGGUGACGGAUGAUGCUGUCGCCUCAUCUUCUGCAGAGGCACCACAGCUGCCAGAGAUUGGAGUUGACAAAGGCGGCGAAGGAGGCGACAAGGGACUUGAUUCCUCUCCCAUUGCCGACGCUGAAGCAACCACCGAGGGCGCGUCCAGAAAGGACGCGACGAGCGACGAGCGCGAACGCGACAAGGAUGAACGGCGGGAGGACAAGGACAACAAGGCGAGUGGGAGUGGGAGUGGGAGUGGGAAUUGGUGGCAGCCGGCUGUGUUUUCCAGCUGA